GAAACUACCUCACUCUUAUCCAUUAAUGUUUCUGAAGACCUUCACCACUUACUUAGCACCGAAGUCUCUACGGUUAAAACUCCUGUUAUUAAUAGUGAUUCUGAUUCUGCACCGUCAGAAGAACGACGAAAGCAACUCAACCGUGAUCGCCAGAAAUGCUUUAGAGAUAAUAAUAAAGAAACUACCUCACACCUAUCUAUUGAUGUUUCUGAAGAACUUCAAUACUUACUUAAUACCAAAGUCCCUACAGUUGUAGUUAAAACUCCUGCUAUAGAUACUGAAUCUGAUUCUGAUGAUCUCUCACCUUUACUUACCACCGAAGUCCCUACGAUUACUAAUCUUGAGUUAACUAAUACUCAAAGUAAUCCAAGUUCUUGCCGUGAUAAAACUAAACGUCAUGAUAUGGCUAAAUUUUGGAUGAUUGAAAAAGAUCAAAAUAGUGGAUACGCUGCUCCGAAAUUUUCUUUUUGUUGUACUAGCGGCAAAGUCUAUCAUCUAAUCAGAUCAUUAUUACCAAAUGAAGGUCUCAUACCAACGUUUGCUCAACUAUAUAUUUAUGAUACUGCAAAUGAAAUUACAAACCAAUUUACAGAAUAUGCUAGAUACCUGCAACCUGUACAUCCAAAAUUUUCGGCACAUGAGAAAUCUCAUACAAGACAAUACAUUCGUCGUUAUAACACUCCAACAGCUUCUGAUGUAGCUGCAAUAAUAGUAGAUGAUGGUCAUGAAGUAAAUUCAACGAUAGCAUUGUGUGAGGAUAUUUUAUAUCGAGCUCAUGUGCAAUUACAAAAUCUCGAUGACACAAAUGAUAUCCCUGCUGUAAUUGAAUAUGAAGCCCUUACUCAAUUAGAAAAUAUACUUUUACUAAGUGGAAAAUCUCUAAAUGAUUUUUUUGAUAUGCCAAUUCCCUCUAUCACUUCAAUUAUUAGUAAUAAUGAAGAAACUUAG